UUAGAGGAACUCAUCAUAGAUUUAUUGCAUCAAAAUAAUUGUUUUUUCAAUAAUAUCUCAAAACCAAAACCAAAACCAAAAAAAACAAAACUUGAUCGAGACCAAUACUAUCGAUACCAAAAUCAUAUCAAAACCAAUACCAAGACUAUCGAAACUAUAUCAAAACCAAUACCAAAACCAUCAAAGCUAUAUCAAAACCAAUACCAAGACCGUCAAAACUAUAUCAAAACCAAUACUUUGAAAUCAAAACUAUAUCGAAACCAAUACUCCAAAACCAAGAGUUUUGGCUUUGGUACAUGCCUAAUUAAAUACACAUUCGAUGGGAAUUGGUGGUGGAUGUGUUAUUAUUUAUUCAAAAUUAUUUCAAACAUUAUAUAUUCAAUCACAAAAUUCUUUUUUUUUUCAUUUAAUAGAAGACAAAGAAAAGCUUAUAGUAUUAUUCAACGUGAAACAGCUCCAUUAGCUUCUAAUUAUACAAUACUCCAAGGAAAAGAAAAUAUAACGUUCAUUGGUCCAUUAUCAAUUGGAAUACCGGGAGAAUUACUUGCAUAUGAUAAAGCAUAUAAAGAAUUUGGUGGUGGAGUUUCUUGGUCAACACUUUUUCUCCAACAAUUCGUUUAUGUGAAAAAGGAUUUCCAAGAAAUAUUUGUGAAAAAUCAUUUAACUAAUGAACUUUAUAAAGAAGGAGAUAUUAUGAAAAGAACCAAAUUAGCUCAAACUUUACGUCAAAUAGCUAAAGAAGGUGUUCAAACAUUUUAUAAUGGUGAUCUUGCAAAGAAAAUUAUCAAUGAAAUUCAAAAACGAGGCGGAAUAUUAACGUUGGAAGAUCUUCGUGAAUAUGAUAUAGAUUUCCAUGAAGCUAUAUCAAUUGAUUUAAAUAAUUCAUUUAAAGCUUUUACAAGCUUAGCUCCAUCAAGUGGUCCUAUUCUUGCUUUUAUACUUAAUAUCAUUUCAGGUUAUAAUUUUCAUUCAAAUGAUUUGAAUAAUAUUGAAAAAACAGGACUUUUUUAUCAUCGAUUAAUUGAAACAUUUAAAUUUGCUUUUGCUAAAAAGUUACAAUUAGGAGAUCCAAUUAGUAUAAAUCUAACACAAUUAAUGAUUAAUUUAACAUCAAAAGAAUAUGCUCAAUCUAUUCGUCAAAAAAUCAAUGAUGAAAAAACCUUUUCCGAAGAAUAUUAUGGAGAUAAUAUGAAAAAAGUUCUAUCUGGUGGAGGAACUGCUCAUAUAUCAAUUGUUGAUCAAUACGGAGAUGCUGUUGGUAUAACAUCAACAAUUAAUUCAUAUUUUGGUUCAACGAUCGUUGGUGAAGAAACAGGAAUUAUAUAUAAUAAUCAAUUAGAUGAUUUUUCAAGAGAUCAAUCAAUAAAUUCUAAUGAAUCUAUUAGAAAUUCAAUUUCACCUGGAAAACGUCCUAUUUCUUCAAAAGCUCCCCUUAUAAUUAUUGAUAAUAAAGAAAAUAUUCGACAAGUGUUAGGAGCUGCUGGUGGAUCUAAAAUUGUAACCAGUAUUGCACAAGUUUGUUUACUUAAUCUUUUAUUUGAAAAAAAUAUCAAAGAAUCAAUUGAUUAUCCAAGAAUUCAUCAUCAUUUACAUCCAAAUGAAAUUAUUUUUGAACAACCAUUUAAUCGAAAUAUUUUAAACGAACUCAAACGACGUGGACAUAAUGUUACAUGUAUGUCUUAUGGAAGUACCGUUGUUCAAGGGAUUGAAUGGCGGCCAGGUGAUCAUCAAUAUUGGGCGAAUUCUGAUAUACGCAAAGGUGGAAGUCCUUAUGGAUAUUAA